UCAAGGUCAUCGCUUGUGAAGUCGGAAUGUAAAUGAACUCAACUGACAUUUUUAUAAUCGUGACGGCUGAACAGUGUAAACAUUUUAAAAGUUUUAAACUUAUGUCGAAAAUAUGUCAACAGUUUAUACACUUUUAUCAUAAUCAAAGAUACUGCGAUUGACAUGUACGUAUUAGAUUAAAGAGGGAACUGUUGAGAAGUGUCGUUAUAUGUUUGAUACUUAGGUAUAAAUUACACUGAAAACGGACAGAAUGAGCGGUGAAAUUUCUAAAGACGAGGCUCUUACUGACACCAAAAAAGAUGUUACACUUGAUGUAAUGAUGCAUAAAGGGAUUUUGAUUGCAAAAUGUGAGAUUGAUGAAAUUCAAAAGUUUGAGAUGCGAGACGAUGAUGUAUGGGUGUGUACAUUUCCUAGAUCAGGGACCACUUUGACACAGGAAAUAGUGUACCUUGUGAUGACCCUGGAUUUUGAGAAGGCAAAUUCAGUACAGUUAGACGACAGGUUUCCGAUCAUUGAUGUAAAGAACGAUAAAUUUCCCUACUACAGAGGAGUGAAACAUGUUGAAGAAAUGCAGUCUCCCCGUAUGGUAAAAGCGCAUGCGCAUUUCGAUUUUUUACCGGAACAACUGCAAAACGGAAAGGGUCGGAUAAUUUACUUGGCACGAAAUCCGAAAGAUGUGAUCACUUCUUACUUUCAUUUGCUACAAUGGCUGAAUGAGUUAAGAGACUAUAAUGAUACUUGGCCAAAAUUUUUCAACUCGUUUGUUGAAGGAAAAGCACUUCACUGUCCAUGGCCGAGACAUGUUUUGAAGUACUGGGAAAGGAGGAAUGAUAGCAAUGUAUUGUUUUUAAAAUACGAGAACCUUAUAAAGGACUUGCCAAAUGGUGUAAGAACAAUUGCAAAGUUUCUAGGGAAAGAGAUUUUGGAUGAGAACGUUGCUAGAAUAUGUGAUCAUUGCAGUGUGCAAAAUAUGAAGACUAAUGAAAACGUGAAUUUGUCUUAUUGGAGAGAAUUUAAGAAUGUAAACGAUGAGGCUGGCGGAGGAUUUAUAAACAAAGGUAAAUCUGGAGUAUGGAAACAUAUACUUACACCUGAAGAAUCAGAAAAGAUUGAUGUCCUCCUGAAAGAAGUACAAGAAGCUGGACUUACGUUUGACACUUAAGCCACUAAAACGUCUGAGUAAACUGAAAAAGAGACAAUGUAGGUCGUGCAGGCAUGGUUCAUUUUAGACAUUAAGAAAAGCUUCGAAGCUUCCGAGCAAGUUGCAAACUGUGAAAAGCUAAGUUUUGGUUACAUGUGAAUACCUGAACUGAAGUGUUUUAAUAUAUUUGAUUAUGUCUGAAUGACAAAGGAAAGUAUGGACAUUUAUGGAAUGUAAUCAAACGAACUUGAUAUGAACCAAAAUGUAUACUUGAAAAAGAAAUUUUAAUUCUAAUCAAACUAAGUAAUAUAGUAUACAUUGAUUGUUUUCUCUUAAAUCGAACAAAAUAUGUACUUUUUUCGUCCAAAUAAACAUCUGUAGAAGCACGAGGCUGUAUUAGUAGUCAAAGCCUAAAAUUCAAUCCGAGAAAAAAAAAUGUGCAUUAAUCCCCUAUUAAAGCCUGUAGAUUUUAAUUGAUUUCUUAUUGCCUGUGCAUUAUUAGGUAUGAAAAUCACGGGUAACAACCUUCUUAUGGUUCACCGAAAUGUUUCCGGUAAAACAUAAAAUAAAAAAAAGAAUAAUAAAACUCGCAUAUGAGAACGAUAUUGAACUAUUACAUUAGUCUUACAAUUCUGAGUUACCUUGUUUGAUAAUUUCUUUGCAAAUCAGAAUCGGGUGAAAGGAAUAAAGUUCGAAAUGCAUAUUAAAUUAAAUCUAGCACAACACACUAUCAAUAAAAUACAUAAGGGGUUCCAUAUGUGAUCCGUAUCCAGCAUUAAAUUCAAUGAAAUAGAUGGACUUUUAGCAAUUAAAACUCUGACAAGGUUUGUCAAAUAUAUUAAUAAAACAUAUACAAGUAACCUUGAAAUAUUAAUAUCAUCAAAUUGAAUGUUAUACCAUAAUGAGUGUAUGUAUUGGAUAUGGAACACAUAAGCACAUAUGGAUCAAAAAGUGUGUUUCGGCUUUAAUUAACUUUUUCUUUGCUGAUUUCGAAAGAUUUGAUCGAACACGGGUUUGUUGGUAUGCUUUACAUUAUUGCAGGUCAAAAUUAUGUUAUUGCUUAGUGCUUUGAAC